AGGGACGGGCGAUUUAAAAAAAAUAUUUUUUUAAUCUAAUCAGGCCCGCCUGGGUCAGCCGGGCUCAGCCCCCUGAUGCCCAGGGGAUAAAAUAUAUGAAUGUCGUGGCUUGAUGAAUCCCCUUCAAUGUCGUGGACCAGCCCCAGCAGUUGCUGUUGCUCAACUAACGUUCUAGAGAUUCUAAAUAUUGCCCAAUUAGCACGUUUUUCACCAAACAAGACGAUCCCAUCUCUUCGUUCCGCAAUCCUACAGACUUAAACCAGGUCGGCUUUUCUUCUUUUUUCCGGCGAGCCCUUUUCUUCUUUUUCAGACACUGAGGUCAGCUUCCACAAGCGGACUCCCGGUUUUACAUCUGAAACAAGUGCGCCACCUUUCCGUUUGUAAAGUUCAUUUGUCCCCAAAAUGAAGCGGCCGGGGUUCGCCGUGCUCGCCCUUCUGUUUUGCCGUUGCUUGCUAGCGUCGAGCGAAGGAAGCAGGGUUCCCGGUCUCUUCAUUUUUGGUGACUCCCUGGUCGAUUGUGGCAACAACAAUAUCUACUUCAACAGCACGGCGAGGGCGGAUUACACGCCCUAUGGCAUUGACUUCUAUGCCAUCACCGGCCGGUUCACGAACGCGAGAACCAUCGCCGAUGUGAUGGCCGAGCUCCUGGGCCUCCCGUUCAUUCCAUGCUUCAAUGAUCCCAAUACUACAGGGACGAAUAUACUUCAUGGAAUUAAUUAUGCGUCUGCUGGUUCUGGCAUUCUCGAUACCACCAACAGCAGCACCGUCGUUACGCCAUUGACAGGCCAAAUUAGGUCCUUCGCUGGGAAGACGCUGCCGGAUCUGCGGGCGCUAAUUGGGGAGAACACGUCUUCCUUCCUUGCUGACAGCAUAUUUCUGUUCAACACCGGCGGCAACGAUUUCAUAGACCAUUGCUUCGACGAUACGCCGUGCGUGCUACCGGAGUUCGUGGAGGUGCUUACUGAUAAGUACACAGAAGUGGUCGAGUGGAUGUACAACUUGGGAGCUCGAAAGUUUCUCUUGAUUUCUACUGAAGUAAGCGGCUGCACGCCUGUUGCUCGAUCAAAGAACAACGGAAGUUGCAUCGAGCUCUACAACUACGCUUCUUCGUUACUCAACACAAAGUUGAAUCUAUCCAUUGACAAGUUUCAUAAAGGAAUGGCGGGCUCCCACUUUGUUUUCGUUAAUCUUUUUGAAAUUAUGAGUGAGGUCAUGAAUAACGCGGCUUCUUAUGGGAUAGAGGUGAUUGAUGAGGCCUGCUGCAAGACGGAAGCUGGGGGUAGUAGCUGUUUGGUAGAUGGCAGCGUCUGUAGUAACAGAUCCAACCAUCUCUUCUUCGAUGGCGGUCACCCUGCAGAUGUCACCAACUCUAUCAUGGGAAGAAUGGCGUACUCUGCAAACCUCACGUCUUACACCUAUCCCUUCAGCAUCCAGCGCCUGGCAACUCUCAACUCCACCACAACUUUCAACUCUACUCUGCUGAACGAGGCUUCGCACGAGAAUCCAGAUCCCAUGAAUGCGCAGUAAAAGCAGCAGUGCGGUGUGCGAUUGUGGUGCAAUUUUAAACAAUAUUAGUAAGUAAAACAAUUGAAGGCGGAAAGAGUGACCACCUCAUUCUCAUUUGUAAUGUCAUUUUGAAUAGGAUUAUAUAGAAUAGCAGAAAGGUGAGAAUGGUGGUCUCCUUGGAACAUUCUCCAAAUUAUUUUGUUAAGUUUGAAAGAAGAAUAUGUAAGAGGCCGAUAAUCUCGUGCGAAAGAAAAACAUCCCGAAGAAUCUGUAUCAAAGCUAUAAUUUGUCCAGUUUGAAUAAUGUUUGGUUUGACUAGUAGAUGAAAAUGGAAGAAGCUUUGAAUACUUGGAACUGCAAGCAAA